UCUAGACUAACCGGUUCAGGGUCUACCAUCUUUUUACCGUUCUAUACUGUGUUAUGAUUUCAUUACCUGUUAUCGUGGACUGACGUGGACCUUUUGCUACGGAGUACAGUUACUAUUAUUUGCUUUUCAUGGAUGAAACGGAUUUCACUAAGAAUAGUUUCAGUUUUUAAACUCAGUUAUGCUCCUGCUUGAAAACUUUAUCUUACGUCGUGAUUGUUUCAUUUUCUCACUGUACAACUUGACUCAUGGAUGAUGGAGUACUCAGCACCAGUUCCACCGAAACACGAGAUGAAUAUAAUUCGACACGAAGGAAAACGGCUGACUUCAGAGUGUACAAAAGAAGAUGGCUUAUUUUAUGUAUACUUUGCCUACUAAAUUGCUCUAAUUCAGUGCAAUGGCUGACCUUCGCGCCCGUGGCGGAUCACGUGGCAGAGAAGCUGUCCAUUUCUCUGGACCAGGUCAACUGGCUCUCGGUUGUCUACAUGGUAGUGGCCAUCCCCCUGGGCUUUGUCACCACAUGGAUGCUGGAUACACUGGGACUGCGGCUGACCAUGAUCCUGGGCUCCUGGCUCAACAUGACAGGGAGCGUGAUGCGGGUGGUGGGCGUGCUCAGCUCUGUCCCACAGUGGGCCACGUUCCCCACAAUCAUGGGAGGCCAGACACUGGGUGCUCUGGCCCAGCCUCUGUUCAUCUUCUCCCCUACCAAACUGGCGGCUCUCUGGUUCCCUGAGCACCAGCGUGCUACAGCCAACAUGAUCGCCUCCAUGUCAAAUCCACUCGGACUGCUUUUUGCAAAUAUCUUCUCACCAAUGAUCGUUAGUGGUACCAACAGUCUUCUUAUGCUGCUCUUUAUUUAUGCUAUACCUGCCAUCGUAGUCUGUUUCCUAGCAACGGUAGGGAUCCGGGAGAGUGUUCCCCCAACGCCACCCUCUGCCAGUGCAGACACCUCCAACUCUGAGCCGUUCCUACAGGGCAUUAAACUGCUGCUGACAAACAAGGCCUAUGUGAUGCUGCUGUUGAGUUUUGGUUCAGGGAUUGCCAUCUUCACCUGCUUCUCCACCCUUCUGGAGCAGAUCCUCUGUGUCAAAGGUUACUCCAGUGACUUUGCAGGGCUGUGCGGUGCCCUCUUCAUUGUGUUUGGUGUGAUCGGCGCUGCCUUCCUCAGCCUGUUGGUGGACAAGACGAAGAGGUUCACAGAAGCCACCAAAAUAAGCAUGUGCCUUACAUCUCUGUCCUGCACUGCCUUUGCAGUGGUUUCCCAGAUGAGGGAGCAGAAAGCCAUUGUUAUUGUCGCUUGUGUCCUCUUUGGCUUGUUUGGAUUCGCUGUCUAUCCAGUUGCCAUGGAGCUGUCAGUUGAGUGCUCCUAUCCAGUCGGAGAGGCAACUUCAGCUGGAAUGAUCUUUAUUUCAGGGCAGGUCCAGUCAAUCAUCUAUAUCGUACUGCUGCAAGCCCUCACCACAACGAAGGCGGAUUCCUCUCUCUCCAAAUGUGCUGCCGGUGGCGAUGCCAACCUGAACUGGAUGGUGCCAGUUCUGGUGAUGGCGGGGCUGUGCUGUCUGGGUUCCUGCGGCUUCGUGAUCAUCUUCCGCACGGAGUACCGGCGGCUCCGCACAGAGGCCGCGGUGGUGGAGGCUAGGGACGAGUCCUCACAGGCAAUGCCGGAGCAGGCGCUAGGAAGGCAGGCCGGCAGGGGCUCGCAUGCCUGAGGUGCCAGAUGACCUACUGAAUUCUGUAGCAGUGACUUUUGUUUUGAAAACAUGGUUUUGAAAACAUGCACCAGGAUCAAAUUUGCAGGUGUUUAAGUUCAUCCUCGACUGCACAGAAAUGUUUUUUUACUUGAUGCACAAAUUACUUCUAAAUAAUCGCAUCAUUAUUCCAGCAGAUUAUUUUAAAGUUUUUUUUAUUCUAGGUUAUCGAACUGUAACACGAUAAUUUAUAACUAUUAAAGGUCAGUUUCCUGGACAUGGAUUAAGCCUAGUCUUGGGAUAAAUUGUAAUGCCAAAAGUAAAUCCACUAUUAAAGUUCCCUUAUUUUUUUACAUCUACAUAAAGGACUGUUUUGGUCUGAAGAAGCAGCCCUUUAAAAAUCGUGCAAAUCUAUGUUCUAAGUGGCACUAAAUGUAUAUAAGACAAUACUUAAACAAACUAGUCAUUUUUUACUCAACAAUAACUAUGCAAUAGCUGCUUUGUGAAGUAAUACAGUGCAGAUGACAGAACCAGCAUGGACAAUAAUGCUGAAAAGAUUUCAAAUGUCUAACUCUUAUGGGCAGCUGGUGCUCUGUUACCUGAAGACAAAGGCAUAGAAUAGAAACUAGAUACACAGCCAUUUCACAUAUGUACAAAAUCUUGAGGCAUGUUGCCUACCUAAAAAAAAAUAUACUGGAUUAAUAAUUGUUAUUAAAAAGGUAUACCCAUCUAUCUAAAAUGGCCAUGUAAUUGCUUUUUCUGUCAACAUGUAGUACUUUUACAGCAUGUUCAUUUGGUAAUACAGAUUAUGGAUUACUUUUUUUUAGUAUUUAAAAUAAACAACUUUGCUGCAACACAUCCUGAGUCAUUUUGGGUUUUUACAAUGAUGCAGCAGUGGCCAACCCAGCGAAAAACUGGACCAUGGACAAACCUAUAUUCUUACAUAGCAAACAUACAUAGCAAGCUUGUUUUAGAGGGGGUAGUUCUAGUCAAGUCAAAUGUAUAUAUUCUCACUUGCCAAUUAGAAUAUAUAACAAAUCAUUUCAUCCUUUAUCAGGCUACCUUCAAAGCAUCUCUUAGACCUGGAGACCUGUCUUGUAACUCUGACAAAUUUAGUAGUCGGCACAUUCUCCACAGUGGACAGCUAAGGCAAGUGUGUGUAAUUUUUAAACAGAAAAUUACACCUAACUGCACUCUACACACAAAAUAAUCUGUUAUUGAAGGGUUUAGACAAUAAACACCCAGGGUGUUGGGUAACUGGUCUCAUUCAUAUUUUAUAUCAAAACAAUUGUGUAAUUUAAAUCAGUAGAAAAAACAAAAAUGAGACUUUUUUAAAAAAGGAAGACAUUUCAGUGUAUUUCUUUACAGUUCCAAAAUACCCCAUUACAGCAUCAGAAGAGCUUAAACAAUGCAGGCUUAGACUCUCAACUUAUUUAAUCAAUCCUCUUCCAAUCAAAAACACAUAAAAUACAUAUAAAAAUGCUGACAUUUCUGAGAUCAGGUCCCCCCCCCCC